GUUCACUUUAGGAAGCCAAGUUAAAAGGAAGUCCUUAACUUCUCUCUGCUUCCCCCAAUCAUCAUCCUCUCACCACUGCCAUCAUCACCAAAACGCAGCAGCAACUUAAUUUUUGGCCUUGCCUUGCUGCAGCCUCAACUGCAUGGAGCCUAAACCAGAAUUUCGUGACAGCGAACCUGUGGACAAUAAUCUGCCUACAGAGAUGUCGGAACCCCAGAACACCACUGUCCUUGCCUACCCUGUACGAGCAAAUUCUCAGUCUGUUUACCAACUCACGUCCUUGUAUCCUAUAACUUUAAAGUUUGAAGAGGUGGUGUACAAAGUCAAACUGGAGCAGAAAGGAUUAUGCUGGGGUACAUGGAGCAGCAGUGAAAAAACCAUACUGAAUGGAUUAACAGGCAUGGUUUCCCCAGGAGAGAUACUAGCGAUGUUAGGGCCAUCCGGGAGUGGCAAAACCACCCUUCUUACAGCCCUUGGAGGCCGUCUAAAUGGCAAGCUGUCCGGAAAGAUCACAUACAAUGCUCAGCCUUUUUCUGGUACCAUAAAGAGAAGAACAGGAUUUGUGGCUCAGGACGAUGUUUUGUACCCACAUCUCACUGUGACCGAAACCCUUCUUUUCACCGCACUCCUAAGGCUACCCACUAGCUUGACUAAGGAUGACAAAGCCCAGCAUGUGGAGAGAGUGAUCACCGAGCUGGGAUUGAAUAGGUGCCGCAACAGCAUGAUUGGGGGCCCACUUUUUAGAGGUAUAUCAGGAGGAGAAAAGAAGAGGGUGAGUAUUGGUCAGGAAAUGCUAAUCAAUCCAAGCUUGCUUCUGCUAGACGAGCCAACCUCAGGUUUGGACUCGACCACGGCUCAAAGGAUCAUGACCACAGUCAAAAGGCUUGCCAGUGGGGGUCGAACCGUGGUCACCACCAUUCACCAGCCCUCGAGCAGGCUCUACCACAUGUUCGACAAGGUCAUCUUGCUCUCUGAGGGCUUCCCCAUCUAUUAUGGUCCUGCUUCAGAAACCUUGGGAUAUUUUUCCUCAAUCGGCUAUUCCACAUCCAUGACCAUCAAUCCAGCUGAUCUUUUGCUUGAUCUUGCUAAUGGAAUUUCUCCCGAUUCCAAGCAAUCAACCGAGCAAGUUGAGAACAUGGAAGAAGAACAGAAGUUGGUCAAGGAAGCUCUGAUUUCAGCCUAUGACAAGAACACGAGGCUGAAGACUGAGCUUUGCAGUUUCGAUGUCAACAACUACAACUAUACAAAAGAUGGCUGUAAAAGACAUGACUUCAAAUCAGAGCAAUGGUGUACAAGCUGGUGGCAUCAGUUCAAGGUGCUGCUUCAGAGGGGACUGAGGGAGAGGAGGUUUGAAGCCUUCAACAGGUUAAGGAUUUUCCAAGUUAUAAGUGUGGCCGUGCUUGGUGGACUCUUAUGGCUGGACACGCCACCAUCUCACAUUGAAGACCGUAUCGCUUUGCUCUUCUUCUUCUCUGUGUUCUGGGGUUUCUACCCUCUCUACAACGCAGUUUUCACAUUUCCCCAAGAGAGAAGAAUGCUAGUCAAGGAAAGAUCAUCGGGAAUGUACCGCCUUUCAUCCUACUUCCUAGCCAGAACAGUUGGAGACCUGCCGCUGGAGCUUGCACUCCCAACAGCCUUCGUUUUCAUUAUCUACUGGAUGGGUGGGCUUAAACCCAAUGCCAUGACUUUCAUCCUUUCACUGCUUGUUGUUCUCUACAGUGUCCUUGUGUCCCAAAGUCUUGGCUUAGCCAUCGGUGCAAUUCUCAUGGACGUAAAACAAGCAACUACUUUAGCUUCUGUUACAACCCUUGUUUUCCUGAUAGCAGGAGGAUACUAUAUUCAGCAGAUUCCUCCAUUCAUAGUCUGGCUUAAGUACUUGAGCUAUAGCUACUACUGUUACAAACUACUUCUUGGGGUUCAAUACAAAGAGGACGAUUAUUAUGAGUGCUCAAAAGGAGUGCUGUGUCGAGUUGGAGAUUUCCCUGCAGUCAAAUCAAUGGGUCUGAGCCAUUUAUGGGUAGACGUGGCCAUCAUGGCCCUAAUGCUGGUGGGUUAUCGACUUGUUGCUUAUUUGGCACUGCAUAGAGUGCAGUUUAGGUAGAAAUUUCUCAGCAGAGGACGUUCCCUAUUUCAUCCAGCAAGUGUUCUGAUCUUCUCCUUCUUUCUUCUUCUUCUCAACUGAGGGAAUAAUAUUCUGUUUAGAUAGAUCAUGAUCAUCAUCAUGUUGUGAAGUUUUGAUCAAUCUCCCUCUGAUCAACAGUCUGGCUGUAUUAUUAGCCUGCCCUUUUCGUUAUAACUCAGAGACCAAUAGUACUAACUCUUAAGCUGCUU